AAUAUUUUAACUCAUUAUAUUAUCACCUGUACAAGGAACGUAAUUAGGCGAAAAUUAGGGAUGUCAUCAAGCAAGCCAUAGAAACGCUGAGCAACCAUGCUGCCGGUACACUCCUUCUGGUACACCCUUUCUCACAAUCUCCUCUCUAGUCUUUGACCCUUACAACUUGGUAACUUGAAGUAGCUUUGAAAUGCAAAAGAAAGGCCAAAAUGUUGAUUCAAAACAGGUCUCAGCUAUGUCAUCCUUCCAUGCGGCGCCAGGAAACAAUAACGAUCUAAUGUAUGCAUCCUCACUUAUAGCCAUAAGAUAGUUACAAUCAGCGCUCUGACUGUACUUAGGGAUGUAGGCGCAGAGUCUAUUUUUACGUCAUUAGAAAUAUCAGAAGACCGGCCAGUUGAAGGAAAUAUCUCAGCUACAAUAUUGAGAGACUCGGCGGAUUUCUUGACGAGAGUCCGAUCCCUCGAUAAAUCAGACGUUCUUGUACUUCUUACCCCGAUUGUAGUACCAGUCAGUCGAGACGUCAGAGACACUAGUGAUCCAUUUGAAUGUUUAGGACGGGCUCUAGCUAGGAGACACGCCAAAGUUCGGCAUAUUCCCUACACAAAAAGGCAAGUGGAAUAUCACACUUGGCGAGGCUGAGACUAAUCAACGCAGAUAUGGCAUUACCUCUACUCAUCUGGGUUUUAUAAAAAGGGGCCAUGUCAUCAUACUUUGCUUCGUCAAACAACCGCAACAUCGGCUUCAGCUCGAAAACGCAGAAGUCCUUUUUGCAGUCAGCGACCACAAGCCUUGGUAUGCUUAAUCUAUCAUUUUUGUCACAUUCCUUGCUGUCCAAUUUUACUGAAAGUCUACUUCUGAACAUUUUAUAUCCUCUAUUUUUUUAAUUGUUCAUCCCCCCUUCUCCCUCCCCUUCCCCCCCAUUCCCCCGAAAAAGUCUUUCUUCAUAAGCAAUUACUAAUAUUUGGACGGUCCCUAGUAUCAUCAUGGUAUGUGGUGAUCAGAAAAACUUGCAAGAUCCAAUUCCCUUUCCCACAGUCAUUCUAACCUCCGGAUACACCGCGAGAGAGAUGGAAGAUGCAGCUGCAAUAAUCUUUGGAGAGCGUGAGCCCAAUCCUAGAGUAGGACUGGCUAGUUCAGCAUCCGGCGAGACGGUGCCAGUGCGGCCUAAGCUUUGGGCUGUUGACGAAUGGAACGAAACCAGAGACGUAUCGAGUGUUCUCAAUCUGUGGACUGAUAGUUUUGAUGUCCGGUUCUCCUUAGACCUUGAGGCUUUCGUAUCUCUCCUUCACCGCCCAGGUUACGCAAAACAUUAUGUAGUUCGUCAUCCUAGAGGUGGGGAAGUCCUUGGUUUCUGUGCUACAUACCUUUCAUACGUUGAUCGAGUAGGCGAGAGGCUUAUUGCGUCUCUAGCAAUCCUUGUGGUUGGAAAGACAUAUCGACAGCAAGGUAUUGGUCUCAGUCUUCAUAAUCAUGCUAUUAAACAACUUGGACAAUCGCGAGGGAUUAUCCGUUUUGAGCUUGGCAGCACAUUUCCGAGACUCCUGUAUGGGCCACCUCUUUCUUCUUCCCGGACACUGACUGUGAACGACGAGUGGUUUCGCCGAAGAGGCUGGACACUAAAUAGGGAAUUACAGGGUCAGGGCCAAUCUGUGUAUGACUUGAUUCUUGACUUCACAAAAUGGAAUUUUCGGCAGAGUCAACAGCAAGAAGGUUUCACUUUUCGACAGAGUGUACAAGAGGAUAUGGUCCAGGUCCUUCUCUUGGUAGAGGAAGCAUCCAUCAAACAAGGCAACCUGGGAUGGUUCGAUCAAUACUCUGAUCUGAUGAACGGGCCCUACGUAAAAGAUAUAAUAUUAUGUCUGGAGGGAGAUCAAAUCAUUGCAACGGCCCUCACAUACACUCCAUCCUGUGGCAGUUCAAUAUCUUCUAAUUUACCCUGGGCAGGGCGGAUCGGCCAUGAUGUUGGAGGGGUUACAUGCAUAUGUGUUUCCCGUAAGUGGUUUGAACUGUUUCACUAUGGCAAUUCCCUUUAUACUAAUUUGGUUUAAAGCACAAAGAAAGGAGACAUUACGCCCUGAACUACUAAAUGCAUGUAUUAAAAAAUUAUACCAGCAAGGUAUGAGGAGAAUGUUCUUUGAUGGUGUGGCAAAUGAUGUGGACGAACUAAAACAACUCGGUGGGUUUCACUUUGAUCUACAUACUUGAAGACGGAACUGAUCUUUCAGGUUUUGAGGAAUGGGCAAAGUACCGCGAUGUUUGGAAGGACACGGCAUAUAUAAAUUGACUUUACGGAGCAUUUGUUCAUUCUAAAGGCUCCACAAAGGAUGCUACGAAGACUCUUCCUCCGCAAUGAUGAUCCUGCGAAUAACAUGAAACAGUUGAAGGGUUGACAAAUUAUAAGAACAGCGAUAACAAGAAUAGCAAUGAAGCCCCAUAUUUUAAAUACGCAUGGCCCUUAACAUCAUAUAUCCGAAUCAUUGGGCAUGAAUAAUACUAGCAUGGACCUGCAUUUGGAGCGUGUCAUACUGCUGGGUGAUAGACAAGGGUCUGGAUAAGCUAUUAAAUCAUUUAGUUUUGUGAUCAAAGCGGAAUCAUUACCUCAGCUAUAUUCAUACAUAUUACGGUGGAAUCGAAGGGGACCACUAUGAAUAUUCGAGGGACAAAAUACUCCGACCCGCAAACAAUCCCUGGGCGCUUGAAAUUCCGCCGGAUUCGUAGGUUUGCAACUCGAAGUCGUCCCGGCACUUGUUGUGAUACUUUCAAAGUUGUAACAUCGGCCGGAAUCGUCCCAUGAAAUACUGGGACGAAAAUCAUAGGUCACGUAGCCCCAGUCGCUUGCGAUCUUUCAAUCUACAGCCAAGACUACAUGAGCGGGGUUAUUCAAGCGUCGUACAAGAAUUUGGUAUGGUCGGCCAAGAAUAGAGCUUAAGACUUUCAGAACACCACAUCCGCAUGAGACCCCCACUAAAGGAAGUGCUGUUGCAUCUCAAAGGAAAAAAAGAUCCAUGCAACAGCCACGUUCGUCAGACAUGGAUGUACAGAAAUAUGCCACUGUUCUACUAGUUGCUGCCUGACGGCUACAAAUAUAUCUAAACAAAGAGCCUUCUAAAUUUGGACAGAUGCAUGAAUUGCGGCCUGGAUUUUCUUGACCGACAUUCUCACAUGUGGCGCGUCUUUUGGGCGCAUGUGAUGAUUCGCUAUGCCAGCCGACCUUGGUGUGUGAUUGCAUCCCCGGCAACAACAACAGAACAUUCCGGCUCGUCAUAUGCAAUGCUUUUCUGAGACCCAUGUACAAUAAUUUACGCCAUUGAAAUUAUUCUACGCCGAAGAACGUUGAUUCAGGUCUUUAGCACCCGAUCUCGCUAACGUCUAUUCGAUACUUGAUGUGAAUAUUUGCAUGCAUCAUCUCAUGCGCGGAACCCCCUUUCAAGAUGGAAUUUUAGUACUCCGUAGAUCACGUCUCAAAAAAAAUUCUUCGCGUCAGCUUUCACAAACGGCCAGUCACCAUGUUCUCUGGGUGGGGCUGCAUGUUUAGUUUAGCCCCCUCGCGGGCUUCCACUGGCGUCCCCACGUCACUAGACAACGCUACUACAAGAUAAGCGUGUUCGUGAUUCCGAUUUUUGGUCCAUUCCAGAACUCAGACUGGGUGAGUAAUUGAUCAAUCCAGGAAGCCCCAAGUCUAAGUUCUGACGUAUGGGAGACUUCGAGAAAAUCUUAAAGUCGCCAAUAGAUCUAACGUGAGCCUCUGAAUACAUGUCGUCCUUCUAUUCUCGAAGUCAUUCACAAAAAAUCCCAAACUAACUUCACAAUAGCCAGUGCGAGGUAUCAAUAUGGCUCCCCCACCAGCUUCGAAUCUAUAUGUAUGUAUUCCUGUCGUUAGAUCACGAGAAGCGAGAAGUAGAGCAGAAACAUUAUGCCAUCUGAGUAAAGAUACAGAAUUCUCACCCGCUUUCUUCAUCUUCACAGAAUUGUCCUUCCAAGAAUAACACAUGGUAUUAGCGGCAAAUUCGAAUUAUUAGCUGCAAUCUAGUCAACUUGCGUCCUCCUUAAAGUUC